GUGGGCGGUGGGGGGCAGAGGGGCGGCCCCACCGCGGGAGGCCCCGGCGCCGGCCCUUGGACCCGCGCGCCGCGCUGAGCCGAGCCGAGCCGAGCCAUGGCGGCGCCGGGGCAGAAUCUGGCCGUGGUGGUGCACCGAGCCGGGGAGCUGCGCCUGGAAAACCGUCCGAUCCCAGAACCGGGUCCCAAUGAGGUCCUCCUGCGGAUGCAUUCUGUUGGGAUCUGCGGGUCUGACGUUCACUACUGGCAGCACGGUCGAAUCGGGGAUUUUGUGGUGAAGGACCCCAUGGUGUUGGGGCACGAAGCUUCCGGGACUGUUGUCAAAGUGGGACCAGGAGUGGCUCAUCUGAAACCAGGUGAUCGAGUGGCCAUUGAGCCCGGUGUCCCAAGGGAAAUGGAUGAGUUCUGCAAAACUGGCCGAUAUAACUUGUCUCCAACCAUCUUCUUCUGCGCCACGCCUCCUGAUGAUGGGAACUUGUGCCGCUACUAUAAGCACAGUGCCAGCUACUGCUACAAGCUUCCAGAUAAUGUCACCUUUGAAGAAGGAGCCCUUAUCGAGCCCCUUUCGGUGGGAAUCCAUGCCUGCAAAAGGGCGGGAGUCACUCUGGGAAGCAAAGUCUUCGUGUCUGGCUCUGGACCAAUCGGCCUUGUUAAUGUGCUUGUUGCUAAGAUGAUGGGUGCAGCGACUGUGGUAAUUACAGAUCUGUCUGCCUCUCGUCUGCAAAAGGCCAAGGAGGUGGGGGCAGAUUUCACCAUUCAGGUGAAGAAUGAGACCCCGCAGGAGGUGGCCUCCAAAGUGGAAAGUCUGCUUGGCUGCAUGCCUGAGAUAACAGUGGAGUGUACAGGAGUGCAGGCCUGCAUCCAGGCUGGCAUUUACGCCACUCGUUCCGGUGGGACCUUGGUGCUGGUGGGGCUGGGGCCCGAGAUGGUCACUGUGCCCAUCGUGAACGCCGCCGUGCGGGAGGUGGAUAUCCGGGGGAUAUUCCGCUACUGCAACACGUGGCCUGUGGCAAUUGCUCUGCUCGCAUCCAAGCGGAUCAACAUCAAGCCCUUGGUUACCCACCGCUUCCCCCUGGAAAAGGCUCUGGAGGCGUUCGAGACCACCAAGAGGGGCGAGGGGGUCAAAGUGAUGCUGAAGUGUGACCCCACCGACCACAACCCCUGAGAUGCUGCAGUGCCCGGCCCUCUCCCCCGUUAUGCCGCCUGCCUGAGACGCGAAGCAUGAGGCCGCAGGAGGCUGAUGUAUGGCUGUUGCACCUUAUGCAGGCGCUGCUUUGUAAUAGAGCUGGAAAAUCAAAUGAUAAUGAGGGUGAAUGGCACCGAGGGAUACGCCACUAGAGCAUUAACAGGUCACUACCAAUGGAGAGCAAUAGGGAAUAGUUUGAAUCAAAACUGGUCACCGUUUGGUCAGACACAGUUUACGCUGCUGUUUGGUUAGAGGCAAUGGUUCAUGCAGUUGGCUCUUCCCCGCCAGACCCCACACGCAGAAGAGCCUCGGUGUCCCUGCAUCCAUGGGGCAGAGCCGCCUGUGUGGCGGUGGGGUUUGUCCGCGCAGAGGUGCUGGGGGAGGGUGUCACCAGUCGCAUGGGUUGAAGCAAGGAUGGAGAUGCUGGCGCCUCCACCUGCCCGCCCCGCCACUGCCCCAGGGCUGUGCUUGCUGCAGCUCUUCCCGCAUGGCAAUCCCUGGGCGCGGGAUCGCCCUGCAUGAAUAAUCCACCUUCCACUCGCACCUUGCCUUGGGUGCGCUCAGCGACUGACAGCCCAUGGAACAAAGCCUGGCCAGCCCCCUCUAUGGGAAGCGGCUGCACCAUCGGGUCAUUCUCUCCAUGCCCUUUGCAAAUAGCAAACUGCGGGCUCGAAGCUCAGAGCCUAGGGCUUUUUUGAAGAAGCUGGUCUGGAGGCCAGCUGGGACCAUGUCUGGUGUGUCCCCAGGGGGCAGAAGGACCAGUGCCGAGCAGGCGUUUGCAGGGAAACUGCCCCGUCCCUGGCUGGGACCGCAGACAGCCCUGUCCUUACGUGACUCCCGAGGAGGAGCCGCUGUUGGGGGGCACAGCUUGCUUUUGGCAUGGAGGGGAGCGCAGGUGAGAAGUAAGGGGACGGCAUCACUCAAAGGUUUUACCACUGUGAACAAAUUGUACCUUUUCGGGGAUUUCAGGCCUUCCUGCUGAGUUUGUGAGCCAUGAACGAGGUACUAAUGAGGUAGCGGGUUGCAGAUAGUAAAAUCUUAAUCUUUGAUUACACUCGUGUUAAUUUUAGUACUGAGAGAUCAGUCACUUUCUUGGGCCGGUACUGAACUUCCAUCAAUAAAUGCUGCCUACCUGA